AUGACUGUCGGGCAAACCAUAGUACCGAUUUUUGACCUUCCGGAGGACCUGCAAAUUCAUGUUGUCCAGUACCAACAUACGGAGCGUCCAAUUGAGGAUAGAUAUUCGGUGAAUCUGUCCGACGAUGGCCGUCGUCUCCUGAUUGGCGUUUACGAUGGUCAUGGCGGGCCAGAGACAGCGGAUCAUAUUAGCCAGAUUCUUCCGUCCCGAUUACUUGCGCACCCAUCGAGUCAACACGCCGAGCAAUUUGAACUGCUGGACAACUCCAUGAUAUCAAAUUUCAAAAAGGACCAUUCCAUCUUUCGAAGGAGAUCCUCUAAUUGGGUCCAUAAUGCUCAGCUUAUGAAAUCAGGUAGCGCUGCUCUGGUUUUGGAUGUCGAUCUCUCGAAUCUCUCUGCAAGUUAUGCCAAUCUGGGUGACUGUCGCCUUGUCCUAUGUGAUUCUAAUUCUAGCCAGAAAGCGGUGUCGUUCUGUACGACUGAUCUCAAUAUGAAUACUCCAUCUGAACGAGAAAGACUUAUUCAGGAGCAUCCUAAAGAAGAUUACUUAAAUGUUGGAGGCCGUCUUUUUGGCAGACUUAUGUGCACCCGAGGGUUUGGAGAUGGAUAUUAUAAGCUUCCGAAAGGGAUUUUCGGCAGCUCUCUGCACAGAAAAUAUAUCGAUACCAUUUCUUCGAUAGAAAGAAAGGGUAAAAUUCCUAUGAACGCUCAAUAUGCCUCUCUGUUUUAUGCGUAUAAGACACCACCAUAUAUAACAGCUUGGCCUGACACCGGAAACUUGCAAUUAAAGAAAGGCGAUGUUGUUAUCUUGGCAACAGAUGGCCUUUGGGAUUUGGUCUCAACUGAGGAUGCGACUCGGAUCGUCCUCCAGGGAAUGGCGGAACAGGAGAACAACCUUGCUAAAUUCCUACUUGAAAUGGUCAAAGCUACUAUAUCAAUUGGAGACGACGUCACUAUCCUAGUCUACCGGGCAUGA